AUGUUGAAGACAUAUGCCAAAUUCUCUGCCACGCCUCCUACUCAGCUCAAAGCUGCUGCCGCAGCCAUUCAAGCAGGAACUGUACAAGCAACCCCAGAGAAUUAUGACAUGUCCUACCUGUGUCCAGUAUCUGUUGGCGGGCAGACGCUGAACUUGAAUUUCGACAGCGGCAGCGCAGACCUUUGGGUAUAUUCCACAUUACAGCCUAGUUCACAGCAAAGUGGACACUCGGUGUACGAUCCAAGCAAGAGUUCGAAUUCACAGCUCCUGGUCGGAAACACCUGGUCGAUCAAGUACGGUGACGGCUCAACAGCAAGUGGCAAGGUCUAUGCAGACAAGGUUGUCGUUGGAAGCGUGACGGCGACAUCACAGGCUGUGGAAGCGGCCACGUCAGUAUCGAGUUCAUUCCUAGCCGACGUUAACAACGAUGGUCUUGUUGGUCUGUCGUUCAGCAACAUCAACACCGUUUCACCCAAUCAACAGAAGACUUUCUUCGACACAGUCAGGAGCUCGCUCGCAUUGCCUCUUUGGACAGCCAACCUGAAGAAGGGAGCCCCUGGUUCCUACGAUUUUGGAUACAUUGACUCUUCGAAGUAUUCGGGCAAGAUUACUUACGUCAGUGUGAACAGUGCCAGCGGGUUCUGGCAGUUCACCGCUGAUGGAUAUCAAGUCGGGUCUUCGUCAUCAGUCAGCUCUUCUUUUACUGCCAUUGCCGACACUGGUACCUCACUCAUGUACCUGCCUUCCAGCAGUGUUACUGCAUACUGGGCUCAGGUCACAGGAUCUGGAUACGAUAGCAACCAAGGUGGCUACACAUUCCCAUGCAGUUCUGCACUACCUGAUUUCAAUGUGAUUGUCGGAGGUAACAAGUUCACUGUGCCCGGCAGUUAUAUGAACUACGCUCAGAUCUCAUACACGACGUGCUUCGGUGGAUUGCAGCAGAACACAGGACUUAGUUUCAGCAUUCUGGGAGACAUUUUCUUAAAAUCACAGUUCAUGGUCUUCUCCGAGGUUGGAGGGCAGGCCACGCUUGGAUUCGCUGCGCCGUACAACGGCACUGCAGGCGAAGGCGAUGGCGACGAGUGGGAGUGCGAGGACUAG